AUGGAGCCUUCAUUGAAAAAUUUACUGUCAUAUGCGUUAACCUACUUUUCUUUAUUGUUUAAUGGGCCUAAAAUACGACGUGAGUCACUAUUAUACUUUGAUUAUUUUUGUAUACGCAAAAAAUUUUCAAAAAAUAAAUGUAACUUCAUUUCUAGCGUUUCAUUAUCAACUUUUGGUACCAGAAUCAUGUGAAUUAUUAAAUACGGAUCCGUUCUUAGAUAGGUUUGAAAAAACAACUAUAAUAAUGAACGUGACCAUGUACCCUGACACGUUAAAGAAAGACACAGACGCACCAGAUCAAAUGCCUGAAAAGUUAAGGAAGUUGUUUGAAGAAGAGGUUUUAAUGUGGAAAGAAAAAGUCGGCAACAAAAGUAACUUGGUGUUUUUGCCAAUCAUUACGGUCAACAAAACAAAAUACGAUACUGAAAAGGUAUGUUAUAAUUAAACGCCAAAUUUGUGUAAUCUAUAAAUAAACUUUUUGUAAAUGAAACUUCUGUUACAACAUAAAGUUUUUUUGUUAGUUGCUACAACGUCUUCGUUCCGACUACAACACAGCUAAAGCGUUCGUGCGGCAAUUUUUAAGAGAGUCCAGAAAGCAUGAAAUCGACGUGUCGAAUGUCAUCAUUUCAAUAUAUGGACAUAACAAACGUUGCGGAGAAAAAGGAGUCGAAUCUUGUCGACAACGUGAAAUUAUGACUCGAAAAAUGUUUAAUGAUUUGGAACUUAAAACAAAACGCGACAACGAAACAUUGGCUUUUGUUGCAGACCAAACGUGGAAUGAUUUAAAUUUGCGAACGUUAAUUCAUCUUGACAGUGGCGACAAUUACACAUUUUGA